ACGGUCUCCGCCGGGAGCCGCGUCAGCGUGCGCUGCCGCGUCCAGGGCUCCCCCGUGGCGGAGGUUCGCUGGUACAAGGACGGCUCUCCGCUGCACACCCACACGCACGCCCACCUCAUGCUGCAGGGGCGCGACACGCUGGUGAUCACGGGCGUGGGCGAGAGGGACGCGGGCAUGUACCAGUGCGUGGCGGCCAACAGCCUCGGCGAAGCGCAGGCGUCUAGUCAGAUCAGCAUCCGAGACUCCGUGCCCAGCCUGCGCCACACGUUCAUCGAGCAGACGCUGCAGCCGGGCCCUCCCGUGUCCCUCAAGUGCACCGCCCUCGGCCACCCCACGCCCGUCAUCACGUGGACGCUGGACGGCCGCCCGCUCACGCCCUCCAGCGCCCACUACGGCGGCCAGCGGGUGAGCGUGGGCGCGUGGGUGGACGUGGGCGGCCAGGUGGUCAGCCAGGUGAACAUCAGCAGCGCCGGACACAUGGACGGCGGCCUCUACGCCUGCGCCGCCGCCAACUCCGCCGGCAGGGUCGAGCACAGCGCCAGGCUCAACGUCUACGGCCCCCCGAGCAGCCGCACGCCGUCCAACGUGACCGUGGUGGACGGGUCGGAGGCGGCGGUGGCGUGCCCCGUGGCCGGCUACCCGAUCAAGUCCGUGAGCUGGACGCUGCACGGCCGCCCGCUGAGCCCCAAGCCGCGCCGGUCCCCGAGGGCGGACGGCAGCCUCGUGUUCCAGAGCGUGGAGGCCGAGCAGGACGUGGGCCGCUACACGUGCACGGCCUCCAACGCGCAGGGCAGGACCGCCACCGCCUCCUUCAUCCUCGACGUCCUCAAGCCGCCCGUGCUGGCCGAGCUGAAGUUCCCCGCCGGCCUGGUGGAGGGCAUGCGGUUCUCCCUCUCGUGCUCCCUCCUCAGCGGCGACCUCCCCAUCAGCCUGCGUUGGGAGAAGGACGGGCGGCCGCUUCCCAGGGACCCCGUGCUGACGGAGACGCACUCGCAGUUCUUCACCAACCUCGUCUUCACCGACAUCCGCGGGAGGCACGCCGGAGAGUACACCUGCACGG